AUGGCUUCAAAGUUUCUGCGAGAAUACAAACUAGUCGUUGUCGGUGGUGGUGGUGUCGGAAAGUCAUGCUUGACGAUCCAAUUGAUCCAGAGUCACUUCGUGGAUGAAUAUGACCCAACAAUUGAAGAUUCGUACCGCAAGCAGUGCGUCGUCGAUGACGAGGUGGCUCUACUGGACGUCCUAGAUACCGCUGGUCAGGAAGAAUACUCAGCCAUGCGCGAACAAUAUAUGCGAACGGGAGAAGGCUUCCUCCUAGUCUACUCCAUCACAUCGCGCCAAUCUUUCGAAGAAAUCAUGACGUUCCAGCAACAAAUUCUGCGUGUGAAGGACAAGGACUAUUUCCCCAUUAUUGUCGUCGGCAACAAGUGCGAUCUCGAGAAGGAACGAGUGGUCUCAGAACAAGAGGGCGAGGCUCUUGCUCGUCAAUUCGGUUGCGCGUUCAUUGAAACCUCUGCAAAGUCCCGCAUUAAUGUUGAAAACGCCUUCUACGAACUUGUGCGUGAGAUUCGUCGUUACAACAAGGAGAUGUCCUCCUACCCAUCCGGCUCAGGUGCUUUCGGAUCCCGCGCCCCUGACAGCAAGAUGGACGUGAGCGAGCCCGGCGAGCGCUCCGGCUGCUGUGGAAAGUGUAUUGUUAUGUAA